GUUGGCAGGAUCCCUGUGAGGAUUCUGUGAGUCAUUAGAUUGAGUCAAUAGGUUUGUCAGUCAGGGGUCAGAGUCUACGUGGUGAGGUUUGGAACCACUAACCCGGUUGUACACUUAUCACCAUGGUUGAGACCCGUAGUGGGACGGAGACUAGUCCCUACACCCCUGAGCAGCAAGCAAAGAUGGCCGCCUUAGUGAAUGAGAAUAAGGAGAGAAGAGAGCGCGAGAAGCAGGCGAAGCUAAAGGCUAUCGCAGAUGAGCAGGCGGCGAAGAUGAAGAGGUUGGAGGAGGAGAUGAAGAGAGUGCAACAAGAGGAGGAAGAAAAAAGAAAAGCUGCUGAAGCAGAAGCGGCAGCAGAAGAAGAGAAAGAGAGAAUGAGAAUCGAGAGUGGAGAAGGGAGCAGUGGUGGCACGAUGAAGAGGGAGACAGACACUGAGCUGGAGAAGAAGAUCAGCGAGUGGGUCGUUAAUUUAUCGUUGGGGGAAGAUGAGGAGGCGGAGUCCUAUGUGACUAAGGAUGAGAAGGCUGCGCUGGCCGCUGAGCUAGCAGCCAUGACAGACCCAAUGGAACGAAGAGAGAGGGAAGACGAGCAAAAGUUAGCAUGGAAGUURAGAAUGAAGAGGGAGAAGAAGAGGAGGAGAGAGGAAGUGAAUAAGAUGACCGCAGCAGUGGCGAAGGUCUUGGAGAAGCUUAGAGAGGCUAACUGCAAGAUCACUGCGAAGAAGUGCGAGUGGGCCAAGACGCAAGUCUUGUACUUGGGCCACGUGUUGGACGGAGAUGGCAUUAAGCCAGAGGACAGCAAGAUAGCGGCGAUUAGAGAUUGGCCGACGCCCCGCACGUUGACAGAGUUGCGGUCGUUCCUAGGCCUAGCUAACUACUACAGGAAGUUCGUGAGGAACUUCUCCACUAUCUCCGCUCCCUUGCGCAGGUUGUUGAAGAAAGAGACAAUCUGGCAAUGGGAUAAAGACUGUACGUCUGCGCUAAAAAAGUUAAAGCGCGCGUUAAUAGAAUAUCCUGUCCUCAAAGUAGCGGAUCCGUCCUUGCCAUUUGUCGUUACCACGGACGCAAGUCAGUAUGGGAUAGGCGCCGUGUUGCAGCAAGACAACGGCAAUGGCUAUAGACCCGUAGAGCUCAUGUCAGCGAGGAUGCCCUGUGAGAAGGUCGCUACCUCCACGUACGAGAGAGAACUCUACGCUCUCAGGCAGGCUUUAGACCAUUGGAAGCACUAUCUGCUUGGGAGGCACUUCAAAGUGUAUUUUGACCAUGAGACACUUCGUUGGCUAAAGACCCAGGCCAAGAUGACACCUAAGUUGACUAGGUGGUCCGCAGAGAUAGACCAAUUAAACUUUGAGCUCAAGCCAGUGAAGGGCAAGUACAAUGUAGUGGCAGAUGCUCUAAGUAGGAGAUCAGACUACUUUGGAGCCGUAGUAAAACGGUUGGUGAUCGAGUUCUACAGGAAGGCACGUGACAAGAUUCACAACCUCAUCCAGUCCGGCGACCUUGAGCACCCAAAUGUGGUAAGAUGCUAUGCACUGGAGGAGGAUCAGCACUUCAUGUACGUCGGCCUGGAGGAAUGCGACUUCAAUAUCCGUCAGAUGAUUCUGGGGACGGGAUCGCGAUCAUCCAGUGGCCAGCAGAGUGGCAACAGCAGCGGCGGCAGUCAUUCACAGACUAGCAGCCGGAGUCAUUCGCGGACUAGCAGCGGCAGCACAGCAAGCAGUCGAAGCAGCGACUUCUCAUAUGAAUCGUCUGCCUCCAGUCUUCCGGCGGUCGAGAUUGUCAGGGAAGUGGAAGGGGUGUCCAAACCUUGCCUGAAGUUUGUUGCAAGUUCUGGCAGUGAGGAGGUGAUUGUUCCACUUUGGGACAGCCAUGGUCGACCAACGCCUGUUUUGACCAAAUUGAUGAGGGAUAUGGUUGCAGGAGUGGCACACUUGCACUCGAGAGGCAUAGUACAUCGCAAUUUGAAGCCACAUAACAUUCUAGUCAAAGUUUGUGGUAGACAUCAACUCGAGGCCAAGAUUUCUGACACAGGCAUCAGCAGCCAUCUUGACAGUAAAAUGAGGUCCUUCACCAAAACUCAUGCAACAGGUACCUUGAAGACGAAGCUGGAGCAACGGCGCUGCAGGAAGAGAAAUGAGAAGAUCUUGGAGCUGAACAAUGAGGAGGGGUACGAUGGGCCAGCGGUGAGGGCCGGGGGGAUGCAGGGCAUCUCAUUCGACUCCAGAUUUAGGGGUAGGGGUGUGAGAAAUGCCUUGCACGAGUACAAAAAGUCUAUAGUCGAGACGGGUGCAAGGCUACGCAACUUCGAUACCGAGCUGAGGGAGUUUGUGUGGGAUUUCACCGCGGGGUUGGAGCUGGCGGUGGAUGUGGAGGCGGAUGAUGAGAUGCCUCCGUUGGUGGAGGUGCCGUUUGAUGGGGAGGACGAGCGCCUUGACGAGUAUUAUGUGUUUGUGAGGGGGGGAGGAUUGGUGGACGGGAUUGUCUGGAGGUGGCGUUGUGAGACGGUCACGAUGGACGGGGGCCGUAGCCGGUGCAUUGAGGUCGGCGUAGCGGGGGCUUCCUCUGAGGGCUUAGCCGAGAGGGUGGUUGGGAUUGGAUGUGCUAUUUUCAGGCUCGAGGCUGGGACUCUUCGCUGGAACUAUGCACGUGCGCAAGCCACUGGGGGCUUAGGGACGACGGUCCACGAUAUCCCGGAGGCGGGAGAUUUGGUUGGGGUGGAAGGUGCGUACAGCGGUCGAUGGACUGCUGUGGGCAAUGGUCAUUCCCGUGAGUCGGAGUCUUUGCCCUUCGAUGCAUCUGCGGCUGCGAAUUUCCUGGCACAGGGUGGGUACGGGGUAGCUGGUCGUUCAACGGCACGUUCACGGGUCAAUGCACAGACGUCGACGUUCACUACGCCUAGCUGCGGUCUUCAAGGCAUUGCGCCGCGAAGUGGUCAUCUUUCACCGCAGCCCGUGGCGGAACCCUUCUCCGCGCAUGUUUCCGAAAGACCUGGGGGUUGGGCCGGGAAGCCGAAGAGGAGACGGUGUGAAAUGCCGGUUACGGCGCCCUCUGCGGACGGUCGUAACAGAAUGGAUCGUACAGCUUCCACUGGAAGUGAAGUGGGAGCCCUCGUGUGUGCCGCAAAGUGUGCGAGGUGCGCUUGCUCUACGGCUCGCAACUCCGACUGGCUCGAUGCGGAGGGGCGGUUUGCGGCUGCGGAAGCCAGGGUGGGCGGGGGGUUGUCUCGACCUCUCCGGAAGCGCAAUGCGGGAUUGUCACGACGACAGCGCAGUCUUAUAUCUCAGCUGGCCAGAGUGAUUUCGCCGGCUUCUGCGUGCGUCGUGCGGAGUUCGGCCGAUGGUCGCGUGGGUGGUGACAGGACGGGUCGGUCGGUUGGGCAGGGGUCGGCAGCGAGCGUGGCGAUUGCGCGUGCGGCUCGUCAGUUGAGAGUGUCGAGGCGACGAAAGCGUAGAGCGUCGGCACGUGCCGGGGACAGCAGUGGCGAGCCCCUGAGGUUUCUCGAUGCGCCUGCGGGUUGCCAUAGUCGGGGAGAGGGAAGGCGGAGGGGGGACGGGAACAUCUUUCGGAACGAGGGCACGGUGGAUGCGUACAGUCUCGGGGAACGUUCGCCUUGCGCGCAUUGCGGUGCUCUGCUUUGGCCGCAUGAACAUGCGUGGAAAACGAUUUGUUGUAAAGGAGGCAGGGCGAAGUGCCAAUUGUGGGAGAUGCCGGAGGAAGGAAGUGCGGCGCACUUGGUGCUGUCGCUAUGGACAGAGGACUCUCGCGAGGGCAUGCUUUUGAGGGCGAAUUCGCGUAGGUUCAACAACGCGUUGUGCCUCGUGUCUGCGCAUAUGAGGAAAGCGGAGCAGGGAUUGCGAGGAUUCGAAGGGCAGUUGAAGAUCCAAGGGCCUGUGCACCAUUGUCUUGGGCCGUUGGAGCCGGGGCCCGGCGAGAGGCCGCAGUUCGCACAGAUGUACGUUUACGACCCUGCUGACGUUGACGCUUGCAAUCCGUAUGUGCGCGACUUUAUAACGUAUCACGAAAUGCCUGCUGCUCGGCGUGAUGGGGUGAGGAUCGUUAUUAACCCCCACGCGCGGCCACGCGGUGAGCACGAACGGCGGUACAACAGACCGGAAGGCCUGUUAGAGUUGUGCGUGCUGAUUCCGGACCAGUUGUUGCCGAGCGAGGUGGAGGUGCGUUGUCGGGCGGAGGGCAGCGGAGGCUCUGUGGUAAGAAAGGUUGCCGAUGACAACAGGGCGUACGACCCUUUGCAUUAUGUGCUUUUGUUUCCGGGUGGCGAGGAUGGUUGGGACAGUCGGCCCGACCCUUCGAAAGGCAACCCCGAAAGCAUGACCACGAGACAAUUCUAUGCCUUCCAUUUGCAUGAGAGGUGUGGGGAGCGUACCACCCUCGUUUGCGCGAAGCGAUUGCUUCAGGAGUACUGCUGCAUGGCAUACGCCAAGGUCGAGACUCAUCGCUUGAACUACUUGGAGUUUAACCAGGAGAAAAUGCGAUGCGAACGGUACAAGGAACUGCGGAGAGCUGUGCACGAGAAUGAACAUGGCGACGACAUGGGGACGAAGGUCUUUUUGCCUUCGACGUUCACGGGCGGGCCCCGUUACAUGGCCGAGAAGUAUUACGAUGCCAUGGCCAUUGUUCAAAAGCUCGGGAGACCCGAUCUGUUCAUUACAAUGACUUGCAACAACAACUGGCCUGAAAUCUUGGAUGCGCUGCUGCCGGGUCAGGUUCCCAGCGACAGGCCGGACGUGUUGGCGCGUGUGUUUCGCGGUCACCUGAAGCAGCUGAUACAUGAAAUAAAGGACAAGCGCGUGUUUGGAGUGGUGAGCGCGAUCUUUUACACCGUCGAGUUCCAAAAACGGGGUCUUCCUCAUGCACACAUUCUGGUGAUACUCGAUAGAGGGAAAAAACUGUCCAAUCCGGAUGCUGUGGAUGAAGUCAUAUCCUCCGAGAUACCGCCGGACGGAGAGCUUCGCGAGAGGGUGUCGAAGUUCAUGAUCCAUCAGAUGUGUGGCGUUGGGAACCCGUCCGCCGCCUGCACGACAAACAAACGCUGCACAAAACACUUCCCGAAACGGUUUGCGCGAAAAACCACCUUCCAGGCGGGGAAAGGGUAUCCUGUUUACAAACGGUCCUCCCCGGAUGAAGGGGGUUGCACGCUUUGCGAUGGCGGCAUGGUGUACGACAACGGUCGAGUCGUGCCAUAUAACGGAUACCUGCUACUGCGUUUCAACUCGCACAUUAAUGUCGAGUCGUGCGCUAACGUGCUCGCUUGCAAGUAUCUGUACAAGUACAUUUUGAAAGGGAACGACCGGGUUAUGGUUGCGGAGUUGGAGAGACAGCACGCGCGCAACGAAAUUCGUAAGUAUCGGGACUUGCGUUGCGUUGGCGCGAGCGAGGCGUGCUGGCGGAUCUUCGGAUUCCUCGUAACCCAACAGUGGCCACCCGUCGAAAGGUUGGCCUUUCACUUGGAGGGCGACGAGACUGUCGUGUUUGAAGAAGGCGGCGAGGAGGUUGCAGUCGACGUCGGAGCGGGUCGCACAAAGUUCACUAUGUGGAUGGAGCUGAACGAGGAGCUUCGACGCUCUGGCUGCGAUCGUUUUCCGCUGUAUUCCGAUAUCACGGAAACCCACACGUGGCACAAGCCUGAGAAGCGGUGGAAAUUGCGGCGCUCGGGUGGUAGAUCCCCAGCCUUUCCUAAGAUCGGCCGGCUGCAGCGUGCGUGCCCGGCUCAGGGGGACCUCUUCUACUUGCGCAUACUCCUCGGGCAUGAACAUUCUCGUGGUGCAACGUCUUUCGCUGCCCUGAGAACGGCGGAGCAGCGGGAGUUGGGCACGUUUCGAGAAUACUGGGAGCCCAUGUCCGAGGACUACGUGAGGAAGUUGAGGGGCAUGCGUGUCGCGCCGGGGGUUCUGCAAUCGUUGGCGUUGUUGGACAUUCACGUUCAACUAUUGGACAUGAAAACGAGUAUGGGAGGAGUUGGUUUGACGUUCCCCGACCCAGAGGCGCAAUGCGUUGUUGAGGAGUUGCGCGCUCGGAUUCUCCUCGAGGGCUUGCCCGAGCUGAUCCGAGAGGAGCUGAUGUACGACAGGGUGGAUAUGGAGAGGCAGUGGGCAGCAAACUACCCUUUGCUUCGCCCUUCGCAAAAAGAGCUGGUCGAUGGCGUUAUGUCCGCUGUGCUCAACAGGAGUCCCCUGUGCGUUUUCGUCGAUGCUCCCGCCGGAACAGGAAAGACCUUUUGCAUUAACACGAUACUUGUUGGCGUUCGUCGGCAUGAAAACUGCAUCGCUUUGGCGGUCGCGUCCAGCGGAAUAGCGUCCCUUCUGCUUCCCGGUGGAAGAACAUUCCACUCGCGGUUUCAGGCGCCUCUUCAGCCGGAUGCUAAGAAACCUUUUCCGAUUCGAAGACAGAGCGAACUUGCACGGCUGACAAGAAUGUGCAGCCUUAUAGUGUGGGACGAGGCCCCGAUGACGCACCGGGCGCAGUUGGAAGCUCUGGACCUCACCUUGCAAGAUAUUUGUCAAUCGGACGAGCCCUUCGGUGGUAAGGUGUUGUUGCUGGCGGGCGACUUCAGGCAAGUUUUGCCGGUGGUGAGGAGGGGCAGCCGGGCUAAGCAAAUCAGGGCUUCCAUAAAAUCGUCGCCGUUGUGGGCACGCUUCAAGACGCACAGGCUGGACGAGAACAUGAGGGUUCUGCGCCGUGGCGAUGAUGAGGUCGCAAGAAAGUUCGCUGCUUUCCUGCUGCGUGUGGGUGACGGGGAGCACGACGUCGUGGACCCCGCGGAUCCCGAGACGAUUGAGUUGCCACCGGAGAUAUGCAUGGAUCUGGAUCUUGCUGCUCUCAUCGACUGGACGUUUCCUGACCUCGGUCCGCAUCUUCACAACCCCGACUACCUCACCGGCAGGUUUGUUUUGUGCCCGAAGAACGACGCUGCGCACGUUAUCAAUAAUAUGAUUUUGGAUGGUCUGCCCCAGCCGGACAUCGUGUACUUGUUAGUCGACAGCGCGCCUACGGACUCCUAUGGUUUGAAUGUUCCGGUUGAGUACCUCAACAGCUUGAAUUGCUCGGGCUUGCCACCGCACGUGCUGCGGCUGAAGGAGGGGGUUCCGGUUAUGUUGCUGAGAAACAUCUGUGUGCACAUGGGCGUGUGCAACGACACUCGGCUGAUCGUGAACAAGUCGGUGUCUGGACGGCUCAUCGAAGCCACGAUUCUGCCCACCCGCAAGAUCGCGGUGAUACCUCGGUUGACUCUGGACUCCGACGACUCGGCCGGCUUCCUGUGGAAGAGGCGACAGUUCCCCUUGCGUGCUGCGUUUGCAAUCACGAUUAACAAGUCCCAGGGUCAGAGUGUGUCGAGGGACGGUUUGUAUCUUGAGAAACCUGUGUUCGGUCAUGCACCUUCUGUUGGCAACGCGGCGCACGCUUCUGCAGCGGACACCGUUUCCACAGCUGCACGCGCGCACAGCAAUCGCUCCCUCCUUGAAUGCGCUGUUUCUACUGAGGAUGGUGACUUCCUUGAGUACGAUUACGACGAAGUGCCGGCGACGCUUGAGCCGGCCUCUGAGCCUGAACGCUGCAAUCCGGCGCGGGCCGAACCGGUGCAGGCGAGGGGCCCGCUGGCUAUCCACACUCCGGCCGGUGUGCUUCUGCUGGAUAUAUACGAGGCAGGUGUGCAGCUAGGGGAUUUGUCGGGGGAUGAGUCGGACGAUUCCCUGAAGGGGGAGCGAUCGUCGCCGAUCCGAUUUGAUUUUGGAUGGGAUGGAGCGCCUGCCGGUUGUGCCGGCCAGUCGGCUCCAUGCGAUGUGUCGGCAGGCAGGUCAGUGCAGCCCUCCACCGCUCCGGUGGCCGCUGCCGGCACAAGUGCUGGUACGGGGGGUGCGGACCGGGUGAGUAACGAGAUGUGCGAAAUCGAUGACGAGAAGGCCAACUUAGGAACGCAGGUUAUGCCGUGUAGAAAGUGCGUACGAACGUGCCAGCCGGACGGGGCUUCGGCAUUUGUUCCCUACGUGCGACCUUCGCCUCCGGCUGUGCAUGGUCGACGUCCGGCUUUGCAACGGCUUGAAUCUGCUCCGGCAUGCGAACAUUUCGAGCCGGCAUCAACGUUUGCAAUCCGGCCACGCGAGGUCGUCGUAGGGCCCAGUUUGAAGUCGGACGUUGCGCGUACACCCGAGCAUUCGUCCUCGCUUGCGGCGACACAAGCAACUCACUCCGAGCACUCCGAAGGUAUAGUGACGGGCGCGGCAUGCGGACAUUUCGAGCCGGCGUCAGUGUUUGCAAUCCGGCCACGCGAGGUCGUUGUAGGGCCCAGCUUGACGUCGGACGUUGCGAGAACACCCGACCAUUCGUCCUCGCUUGCGGCGAGACAAGCAACUCACUCCGAGCACUCCGAAGGUAUAGUCACGGGCCCGGAGAUCAUACCAUCGUACGGCCGCAAUGGUUUUCAGCCGGGUACGAAAUUGGUUUAUCAGGAGAUCAGGCACCACAAUCUGCCUAUCUGGUUGGAUAGGGAAGGCACUGUUGCUCUCGACCGGAAGACGCAAAGGAUAGUCGAGUCUUGGACGGACAUUCUUGGCAGGGUGGGUAGGAGACCGAUUCUGAACUGGAUGCUCUUCGUGCUCUUCUUGGAUGGAGAGCGGGUUGAGCUUACGGAACACAUUUGGCUAGACUUUUUGCUUGCGAGAGGGAGGAUCGAGCGCAGGUUUGUCCCGCGUCGUCGUGAAUUAGUGUGCGAUAACGGAUCGCUGCAGGACUCGCAUGAGCUUAUCCAGGCCAUCCUCAGGCAUGAACAUGUCACGAGGGCUGGAUUUGUCGUUCGGACUCUUUGUGAAAGAUUCGCAAAAGUUCACGACGAUUACGUGCCGUUUGAGAUCUAUCAGUAUGCUAGACUGGAUGAAAUUGCUUCGCGUCUGCCUGAGACGCCCAGGUCGUUGUGUCCUUAUGUCAAGGCGUGUCACGGAGAUUGCCCGAUUGCGACAUAUGCACCGCCCGCGCACUGGGUUUCGCAGGCCUACAUCCGCAGCCGAACUCGCAAGAGAACAGGCGACUCCGUCGCCGCGGAGGACGCGCGUGGCCAGUCGCCAUUGACGCUCAGCGCGCCGGCGGCUAACUCUCCGAUCACUCCACUGUCCGCUCCAGCUGCUUUGCAUCGUGUGCAGCGGCGUUUGUUUCUCCCUCCGACACCCCCACCUUUCCCUCUUCCCCCGGUCGAGUCUGAGGCCGGAUCCUCGGCUUGGGAACCGGUUUCUCGGCAGGUUCCCGCAGGGCCACCUGCGUGGAUCCAAUCGUUGUCUUCUGCUGGUCCUCACCACGUAGUCUCUGCCCUCUGCGCGAUAGAGACUUCUCACAGGUUGCAACAGAUAGRUGCUGUGCUGGCUGCGAAGAAUGGAGCCUUCGAUGACUGGAGUGCUGUUGAGGCCAUGAUGUUUGUGGAUUAUUAUCGCCAAGGUSACGACAGUGUCGCCACCUUCGAAGAGUACAAGACAGCUGCGGCGUCGUACAUUGCCAUGCAACACCGGCUGCGCCCUGUGUCUAUCGAGGAGGAGGAAUCUUUACGUUGGCGGAUAGCCGAACUCAACGAGAAGCUGGUUAAGCUUCGCUCCCGUGGGUACGACGACAGAGACGUCCGAUGGUUGCGUGUGGAGGAAAAGAUUGACGAGGCUGAAGAAAAACGUCAGCGAGCGGCAAGCAGAGCUGAGAGGAUGCGGAACAUCAUUGAUGCCAGUGAUAUUGAUAGCGAUGCAGAUUAUCGUAGUGGAGAUGAAUGGAUAGAAGAGCAAGAAGAGGCAUCAGACUCUAGCGAUCCAGAGGAGUUCGUUACUGACUACGAUGUGAGCGACCUGGAAGCAGCGGUGGAUACUGACUGCGUUGACGCUGAUGAUGGCACAGAUGAUGACAACUCUUCCUCCGACGAUUCCACAGAGGAAGGAGAUGGAUCCACCACCAAUCACUACCCCAACUGGAGCCUUCCAGAUGCAGCGCUCAACAAGGUGAUGAAGAUGGUGUCUACCAUAGCCAGGUCUUGGAGAAGCUACGAGAGGCUUAACUCCAAGAUCAACGCAAAGAAGUGUGAGUGGGCCAAGACACAAGUUUUGUACUUGGGCCACGUGUUGGACGGAGAUGGCAUUAAGCCAAAGGACAGCAAGAUAGCGGCGAUUAGAGACUGGCCGACGCCCCACACAUUGACAGAGUUGCGAUCGUUCCUAGGCUUAGCUAACUACUAUAGGAAGUUCGUGAGGAACUUUUCCACUAUCGCCGCCCCCUUGCGUAGACUGCUAAAGAAAGAGGCAAUCUGGCAAUGGGACAAAGACUGUACGUCUACGCUCAAGAAGGUAAAGCGCGCGUUAAUAGAAUAUCCCAUCCUCAAAGUAGCAGAUCCGUCCUUGCCAUUUGUCGUUACCACGGACGCAAGUCAGUAUGGGAUAGGCGCCGUGUUGCAGCAAGACGACGGCAAUGGCUAUAGACCCGUAGAGUUCAUGUCAGCGAGGAUGCCCUGUGAGAAGGUCGCUACCUCCACGUACGAGAGAGAACUCUACGCUCUCAGGCAGGCUUUAGACCAUUGGAAGCACUAUCUGCUUGGGAGGCACUUCAAAGUGUAUUCUGACCACGAGACACUUCGUUGGUUAAAGAUACAGGCCAAGAUGACACCUAAGUUGACUAGGUGGUCCGCAAAGAUAGACCAAGUCGACUUUGAGCUCAAGCCAAUGAAGGGCAAAUACAACAUGGUUGUGGAUGCUCUGAGUAGGAGAUCAUACUACUUUGGAGCCGUAGUACACUAUCUGAAUAUAGGGAGAGACCUGCAGGAGAAAGUGAGGCAAGCAUAUGCGCAGGACCCUAUCUAUAGCGACCUCCUAAAGAGAGUUAGAGAGGCCCCAGAGACUGAACCAGACUACCGCACUACAGACGGGUUGUUGUUUGAGAAGACUAAUGUGUUUGACCGCCUGUGCGUUCCCAACAGCGAAGAGAUCCGCAGUUUGAUUUUAGGGGAAUGCCACGAUACUGAAGGGCAUUUCGGUUGGCAAAAGACAUUAGCUAACCUGAUGCGUGCGUAUACCUGGCGAGGGAUGAAGAAUGACUGCAUAGAGUAUGUCCGCAGUUGUAAAGUGUGCCAGAGGAAUAAGUCUACUACACGCGCGCCCCUAGGUCUUCUCGGACCCUUGCCUAUUCCGGAUCAGCCGGGAGACUCCGUGUCCAUAGACUUCAUGGACACCCAAGUCAAGAGUAGACAUGGUAAGAGCCAAGUCAUGGUCGUAGUUGAUCACUUUAGCAAAUAUGCAGUUUUCGUUCCUUUGCCUGCAGAGGCACGUACGGACUUAGUUAUACAAAAGUUUUUUUACUUUUGGGUUAGUGAGAAUGGAAUCCCAUUGUCAAUAGUUAGUGAUAGAGAUAGUGUUUCACCAGCCAGAACUGGCAAGAACUCAUGAGAGUCUACGGAUCUAAGUUGCUAAUGUCAUCUGGCCGUCACCCAGAGACUAACGGUCAGACAUAACAAAUGAACAAGAUCCUA